AUAUAGAGAGAGAGAGAGAAAGAGAUGGAGAGCAAGAGAGUGAUGAGUGCGGUGGUGAUGAUGGUGGUGGUGGUGAUAGGGACAUCAGCUAUUCAGACAGAAGCAGGUCAGUUUGGAGAUUGUUACAAGAAAUGUCUUUUGGGAUGUGCUCUUGAGAUGAAGUUCAAAGCAUACAUGUGUCCUUUGACGUGUCUGAAGACAUGUGUUAGUCCUGGAUCUCCUUCUCUCUCUUCCUCUGAUCAAACCCAUUACUUCUGCAAACUUGGCUGCGCUUCUUCUAACUGUCUCGACCACAGCUCUGUCCAAAAUCCCAAUGAAGAGGAGGUAGAAAAUUGCCUGAACGCCUGCUCGCACUCAUGCAUAAAGAACUGAUUUGAGUGUUCAGACAACCGAUUUUUAGAAUCCCGUUGUAUCGUACCAUAUAAAUAAUUUACAAAUAAUAAUUUGCGAAUAA